AUGAGCAGCAAUCCUGCCUCGUUUCAGAGCAUUCUCGCCGGAGUUCAGAAGCUCCGUGAGGCACACAAUGCCAAUGACGGAAAUUCAACUGAUCCUGAGCCCGCUUUAGAGCCCAGACAACCAAAGUCUCCCCCAAAACCUGCCCGUAAUGGAAGUCGGGAACAACCGGUAGUCAACUCUUUUAAUCAGCAAAAAAAUGGCGAAGAUGCUAUGCAUCAAAUGUCCCAGGUGGAGGAGCGUAAACGCAAGUGGGCUAAGGUAUCUCCCAGUCCCACCAGUGUGGCGACCGGCCAGGGAAAAAAUGUACUUGUUAGUGUGUCGCAGAGAGGAAAUCCACUUCUGAGCAGUAUGACUAACACCAGCUGGCGCUAUGUAUCACCAUCCGGCGGGAACAAAAUAUACUAUGACUAUUGCGUCCAGGGUCGAAACAUAGUGUUUUUGUCCUUGAAAUAUCACAAACUACAUCCCGAGUACAUCUCCAAGAAAAUUCAGCCAUUGGUCAAGCUCAAAAACAACGUGCUGAUAUGUGUUGUCGAUGUAGACAAUUCGGAAAACAUCUUAAAGGACUUGAACAAAGCAUGCAUGUUUAACGGAUUUGCGCUUCUGCUAGCAUUCAGUUUCGAACAGGCUGCAAAAUACAUUGUCUUCAUGAACAAAUAG